AAAACACACACACUUACUCAUGCACACACAUACACACGGACGCACGCACACACAUGGUCACUGUACACACACGCAAAGGGUUCGCACCCACGUGCACGUUUACUCUCUAAAACACACACUCUCUCUUUCUCUCUCCCUCUACCCACCCUGUCAUUCGGUAAUGGAGCAGUUCAGUGCACAGCCGUGGCCAGCUGUGUUGGCCCCAUGGUCUUUCUCAUAAAAUGGCUGCCUGUUGUGAUAUUCAUAUUGGAAAUGGAGAGAGCCACACACCAUUUAUCCCGCACAGCCCAUUAAUCCAGCUGAAUCCAUCCUGAUCUCCCCCGUAUCUUAAAUAAUUUAAAUGCGACUGAAAAUCGUUAAGCAAAUGAACUACCGUGCACUGGCACUAAAAAACGAAGGGGUAGAUUAAGCAAAAUCACGUUACUUGCUUUUUAAAUUGUAUUAUUAUUAUUUGUUUGUUUCUUUAUGAUGGCCUGCUCUGUCACAGACAACUUGGCUGUUUAUGGGUGAGUAUAUGAGACGGGAAAAGGACGAAUAACAAUAUUCUCCCUGUUUUAGCCUGGUUUUAAAUCAUUUCAAAUACGUUAUCUGUGCCUGAAUAAGCAUGCAUGUUGCAAUGUAACCAAUAGAAAAUCCCCAAAAAGUGCAGACCCUGCCCACCUGGCACUCCAGUCAGGAUGAACCAAACACUGAUUUCAAAUAGUACUUGAACCCAGGUUUGGUUGGUAUAUUUCUAACACAGUAGACACUUAUCAAUCCAUGUACUGUAUAGAAUGAAACACUGUAUGGGUUGACACAGAUAAACAAAUGUGUGUUUUUCCCUCAUAUUUCUCUCUUUGUGUUAUGCUAACCCCACUCAUCUCCCAGGCUGCCCUUGUGUCCUGGAAUUCAGGGAGGUGAGGGUUAACUCUCUAGUCCUCCUGUGGGCAGUGCCUCUCUACGAAGGACAGCAAGGACCAAUCACAGGGUACCUGGUGGAGCUGAGCGAGGGAGACCAAUCACAGAGCUGGACUGCUGUGAAUGAAGAGCCAAUUGCAGACACGGUUUUGAAGGUGUCAGGUCUCUAUGCUGGUCAGACUAUCGUCUCAGAGUAUGUGUCUUCAACAAGGCUAGAAUGGGCAUCCCUUCUCUGCCCUCUGAGCUUAUCAGAGCCCAGAGCCCAGACCCAACCAGACACCAGAGACAUAGAGAUUGGUGUGGACAAUGAUGGCUUCGUCUUCCUAGCCUUUGAGGCCACUGAAAUUACGGAGAAGAGCAUGUUUAUCUGGAGCAAAAGCUACAAAGAGGCUAUUGAAGCUGGGAGAGCCAGGGUACUGUGGGAGAACAAUAGAUCUGGAGAGACUGACCGAGCUCGGCUGGCACAUCUGCCACCCAUGUAAGACGUAGUCACUGUAAUAAUACAAGUCUCUAUCGAGCUAAAACAAUUGAUUGUACUCCUUUUCAAAUCGAAACGGGCAUUAUAAUACAUUGUUCAACAUCACAAUUUCAACAACCUAUUCCCUCAGAUGUUUUCUUGGGUAAGUCCUAUUUUUUGAUUCCUGUCAUUGCGCCCUUCCUAGAUUAUUUUAGUUUGCUGAAGCUUGGAGGCCAACCUGAAUGCAUAACCUAUUCCCUAUUCAUUGUUCCCUCCCCCUACAGUGAUAGCCUUGCGCUCCAAGUGGCAGGUGGAGGUGUCAGAGAAAGGGAACGUAGGUCUCUGGAUGCAGACUGAGAGCCUGAGCAAUGCUGCAGAGCUCCACCUCAUUCUCAGCGACAGAGAGAUCUCUAGUGCUGCAGUAAAGGAGCACUUCAAAACACUGGCUAUAUGUUCUAAUCUCAGAACCCAGAACUAAAUAUUGUGUGUACUAGUCUGUCAGGAGAGUGUGUAUGUCUCAAAUGAAUACUAAAACUAGCUUGGGUGUCAGAAUGUUCCUGCUUUAGUCAAUGGUGCAGUAAUGUAUGAAUAGGAAGACGAUGACAAGUUGGCUGAAACAGAAACAGACUGGUCCAAGUUAUAGCUUGUCUCCCAGAGGUGUGUAUAACGCAUAAGCUACUGCAUUUUGCAUACACACAUUUAUUUUUGAAUAUAUGCAGAUGAUUGUGUUUCCGAAUCCAUUUCCAGUGAAAUUCUCCAUAAAAUAAUGAAAUGUAGAUGUGCCACAAAAUAGCUAAAUGUUUUAUAUUUUCUCAUUCAAGUUUGCAUUAGUAAGAGGUAUUGGCUGUAUAGAACGAGAAAGUAAUCACAAAACAAUCACAAUCCAAAAAUGUUACCCUCGCCAUCAUAUUUGCAAUUUCAUUUAAACACAAAUCACCUUCAUAAAGAUUUUCACCAGAAUGUACGUAGCAACAUCAUAGCAAUGUUGAUUUGUUAUGAAAUCAACCUAAAAAAUAACCACAGGCUGGAAGAUUACUGUAGGCAGAGGUUGUUGCAACAGAUGUGGAUUUUCCAUGGGGUUAAACUAAUAUUACCCAACAUGCAUGUUUUUGGACUCAGUGUCUUGCAUGUGGUUACUCGAUAUGGAAUAGCAUGAUUACAUCCAUGCACGUGUGUAUACGUGUACGUCAACACUGCUAAGUGCUAAGGGUUUAUUACUAAAUGACUACAGAUAAGGAUUUUGUGAAUAAACCAAUCCCCAUUUCCCCCAUUUUAGAACCCUUGCCAAGUCACACUGUGAGGUAUGCAGCCUGUGUGUGUGUGCACAUGUAUGUACAUACAUGUGCUUGUGUGUGUCCUCUCUCUCUCUCUCUCUCGGCCAGUAAGAUUAACUUUGACAAGGCCAGUGGGCUGAUAGAGAUCCUGUUUGACCAGCUGUCUAAGGAGGACGAGGGCUCCUACACAGCUCGGCUCUGCGACGGCCACGCCAAGAACCAGUUCGCCCUGGUGCUCGUGGACGAGAGUGAGUCCAUCUGGUCACCCCAAAUCACUGCCGGGAUGUUCAUACUACCGAACCGAGCUGAGCUAAACCAAGCCGUGAUGAGCUGGCCUAUUUUCGCAUCCUCCGUAGCUGCUGGAAGUGAGUUUUGUCAGACACUGGCUCAGUCCAGAGCUAACAGAAUGGACUACAAGAGAAAGUCAGGACCCUAUUUUUUGGAGUUGUUGUCAUGGACCGUGACAGAGGACUCUGAGUUUAUAACCAAAUGCAAGGUCCAGGUGACCAACGUAAGCAAGGAUACGACUCUGAAGUGGUUCAAGGACGGCGUGGAGACUCCAGCUGUGUAUGACCAGCAGACUGGAGUCCGCACCAUGACUGUGCAACAGGUGACUAAGGAGGAGGCAGGCCACUACAAAGCUGUGGCAUCUGAUGGUGGAGGACAGGAUGUGAGCACACUGGAGUUGCUACAUGAAGAGUAUGACAAGCUCCUCCAACUCCUGAGCAAACAGUGGGACGGGGGUCUUUCCGGGCAGGAUGACGAUGAUGAGCUGCAGUCCAGUACUGAAACAUGAGUGACUUCUCAAGCAUUCUAUGGACAGUUUUUGGAUGGGAACAACUUAAGAUGAAGUCAUAUCCUGACUACAGCGCUGUCUACAGGCCCAGUGAGGAUUCAAUGCACUGCUAUGGGCUUCAAGCUCUACUGCUCUCUCAAGUACUAUAUCAGCUACAUGAAGACGAGCUGGCAAUUCAAGGAGAGUAGGAUUAACCAGUUGGAGAGGUGUAAGCCUGGCAGCAGUAUGCAGAAGCUGUGAGUCGAGGUCUUUGCGCCCACGGAGAACGAUAAGGGGAAGUACACUCUGGAGAUGUUUGAUGGUCAAGAAAAGCACACCCGCUCACUAGACCUAUCUGGACAAGGUUAGUCUGACCAGUCUGAUUCACUCAAAAAGCACUAUUGUCUCAAAGCAGUUAAGCGAAAUAGGCUUCAUACAGGGAUUUUACUGCUGCAGAUUCAUGUCAAUGUCUUCACCACUAGAAUGUAAACCUCAGAAUUGGACUAUUAUUACUCAAUUAUCAUUUAAUUUGUCUGCAAUCUUGAUCUACAUUCAUAUCUUCCAAGACAGGCAGUUGGUGAAUAUUACAUUCAUCCGAAAUACAUUUCAGUAAUCUAUAUCUAAAUAUCGCUCUCUUUAAAAAGCCUUUGCUGAUGCUCUGUUGGAAUACCAGAGGUUGAAGUAAGUGCAGUACCAUAUUGAUGGUGAGCGCCCAGCAUGGCGCGCAGUGGUAAACACUAACACAAACAAUUGCAGGUACUAUUUUCUAUCACUAUUCUCACAUGGACAAACAGAAAACUGUUCUAUAUUCAAUAUUAAUGAGUUGACAUAUAGUAUGGUGAUAGAUCUGAAACCAUUUGCAAAUCGUUGCUGAGCGGUUGCUGAGAAAAGUGAGUAGCAUACUCUUUCAUUGUUUCUUAAUUGUUUCAUUUUCUGUACACUGGAAUGAUUGAAUGAGCUUCCUAUGGAUGAUUCAAGGGAGUAAAUGUCCUUCUCGUUGCUUUAGAUCGGGCCAGGGUGACCAAGGAGCUACCAGAUGUGGUGGCUAUCAUGGAGAAUAAAUCUCUGUGCUUGACCUGCUUCGCUGACGGUGACCCUGCCUCAGAGAUGUUCUGGCUGAAGAACGACAAAGGCAUCGUCUCAGGGGGCCAGUUCAACAUCGCCAACGAGAACAAGUGCAGCACUAUGACCCUCAACAGCGUGACUAGCGAGGAAUCAGGCAACUACAGCAUCUUUGUGCGCAACCAGUACGGCACUCAGACGGUGAGCGUGUACAAGCAUGGCGAGAAGCCCCCGCGCACGAUGCAGUGGAGAUGUAAGGAAGGAAGGAGUGUUGGUUUUGUUGCACUAAGAGACGAUUACAACUGGGUGCAGACGUCAAUUCAAUGUAAUUUCCACGCUGGUUUCACAUGACAUGAAAACAACGUUGAUUCAACCAGUAUGUGCCCAGUGGGUUGUGUUUGUGUGGUUGAGCCAGUUUGUUUUCAUGGGGUUAAAUUGGAGUUAAUGGGGAGUGAAAUGCUAGAAGCGGUUCAUUUGUGGCAUUGGGAUGUAAGCAAUGACUAAGAAGUUACUUGUGCUAGAAGGAAUGCGGUCAAUUAGGACAAUGUGAGGUCCAGUCAAACCUGCAACAACCUGUUUUCUUGUGUCAUUAAACUACCAAUAAAUAUCCCAAGAGUGUCAGCUACAAUUGUAUGAUGUCACCCCUUUCUUUCUGGAGCAAUUUAAUAAUAGGACAUGUGAGCAGGGGCUAGAAAGCUUGGAGGUAGGAUUCAUUGGCCAAGGCGAGCACGUUAAAUGUUCAUUUCAUGUCUUGAUAGCAGCAGACUUGAUGCCAAUUGCAAUUAACUCCCAUGUUGUAUUUCACUAGAGGUGUCAUGUUAGUCAUGUACACGGAGCAGAUUUACAUAGGUGCACGACACAUCCAGUGCGUUUUUCUAUAUCAACCUAAUUUAUGCUCUGACCUCCCUGUAUUAAGGCUGUAAUCUCACUCAGAGUCGGCACCUGCAGCUCAAGUCGGUCUAUUAGCCUGUUAGCUUUCCACAUACAGCGUUUGUCAUAUCAUGUGUCUCUGCAAUCGCUUUGAAAAAAGCUGCUAAUAAAUUAAUUUGAUCUUAGUGGCUUGA